GCACAAGUGUGACAGCAAAACUGGCCGUAUGAGAUAUAGGAUAAGGUGAAAAUUCAAUCAGUAUUACUUCAAAAUAUGGACGAGAGGAAGAUAUUGGAGGAACAAUUGAGGGAAGCCGCUUGCAUUGGAGAUACCGAUGCUGUCCAGGAAUUGAUCAAUCUCGGAGUCGAUGUCAAUGCCAGACACGCCAUAAAUGGAUGGACACCGUUGCACUGGGCCUGUAAGAGGAACUACCUAGACGUUGUGGUUCUGUUGUUGAAAAGUGGUGCCGACAGAAAUGUCAAAUCUGACAAGGGUGAGACUCCGGCAUCGGUUUCCUCCAAUCCUUACAUUUUGCAACUGUUAGGUGCUCCUUAUGACUUUUCCAAGUCGUCGAGUGAUCAAGAAGCUCCUAGUUUUGUGCCUAAUUAUAUUAAACAUAGCCCACUAAACUGUAAAAUAGACUUAGGAUAUCCUAGAGAAAGCUACGUUAAUACCUCGAUUAACACAUGCCAAGAAGAGAUAAUAUUAAAACUACGGGUCGCUAAUUCAAAUGACUCUGACUUUAUAGAAGUUGAUCUUCCACGCCACGCUUUAUCUUAUCAAAACUUAAUCAAAAUAUGUUGUGAUGAACUAGAAAUAAAUCCUACGCAAAUAGUUAAACUAAGAAAACUGCCUAAUACCAAAAUUAGAAGGGAUAAGGAUGUACAAAGACUAGAAAACUACCAAGAAAUCGAAGUGGUCUUAUACUCAUCUAUGAAUAUGGCUGGUGAAGCUUCACACAAAUCCAUGCAAUAUGCAAAUGGAAGUACUGUGCCGAUAACUCCAACCAAUAAUUAUCAAAGUAUAGCAAAAAAAGAUCAGACAAUUUUAUACUAGUAUGUAUAUAGUUACGAAAAUGUUGACAAAAUUUCUAUACUGGUCUAAAAGAUGCAAUAACGUGUAUUUAUAAAUAUUAAUAUUUUUAUUAUUUAAUUUAUAGAUAUCUAAUACUCAAACAAUUGUACAAAAUAAUGCAUUUAUUUACAUUUUUAAAAAAGAACAAAAGGUUCUCAUCAACCUUAUAAAUAUUUUAACUUAAUAAAAAGUUAUGGUUCUAUUUACAAUGC